UAUAUAAAGGGGAUACGAUAUGUCAUAUGAAAGUAUGAAACAACAUUCAAUAUUAAUUUCAUAUGUUAUGAUUUCAUAGGAAUGUAGAGAUAUAUAAAGCGAUUGGUUUUGCCAAUUCGUAAAUAAAUAUGUGAAUGAAAGAAAUGUUCACGAACUAAAUUUUCUUGCGCAAUAUUUUUCUUGUUUAUUUAUUUUUGCGAUUAAUAAAGUGCAUGUAUUUGGUGGAAUCAUCCAAAGUGAAACAGAUUUAAACUUUUGGAAUACGAUUUUCAACAGAGUUAUUUCUUGGAUUGCCGUAAAAGAUGUUUUCUACGGCUGAUGCACUAACGUGCAGUAAAAAUAAUGACGUAAAUCGUGCUCCAGAGCAUUGUAAAAUGUCAAAGAAGGGUGAUUUUGUUAAUCCUUCAGAAACGGUUUAUUAUAAUUUAUUAACAAAAUUGAAAGACAGACUUCAAGAUGGAAGAAAUGAAACCAUUUUUGAUAUUGGAAUUGGUGAAGAUGGAUCAGAUGAUGGUUUAAAAGAAGAUGACUAUCUCGCAUCAGUUAAAACUCUUGAAUCACUUGCAAAAGAACUGGAAGCAGACUGUGUAUUAUUAAGAAAGUAUAAAGUUGAACAAGGUUUAACGGGACAAUAUUUAAUUCGUAAAAAGUUUAAUGAACAAGAUUUUUUAGAAAUCAGAAUUGCUGUAGUUGGAAAUGUAGAUGCAGGAAAAUCAACUCUGCUGGGUGUACUGACACAUGGUCAACUUGACAAUGGUCGUGGAUUAGCAAGACAGAAAUUGUUUCGACACAAACACGAAGCUGAAACUGGUCGCACUAGUUCAGUAGGAAAUGAUAUUCUUGGAUUUGAUGGAAUUGGUAACGUUGUUAACAAAGCAGAACAUGGCUCUUUGGAUUGGGCGAAAAUUUGUGAAAAGUCUUCUAAAGUGAUAACGUUUAUUGAUCUAGCUGGACAUGAACGUUAUUUAAAAACAACUGUAUUUGGGAUGACUGGCCAUGUACCCGAUUUUGGUAUGCUUAUGGUUGGAGCAAAUGCUGGUAUUGUUGGCAUGACCAAGGAACAUUUAGGAUUAGCUUUAGCAUUGUCUGUACCAGUCUUCGUAGUUGUGACUAAAAUUGACAUGUGCCCCUUUAAUGUUCUUCAAGAAAAUUUAAAACUCCUUGUCAGAAUAUUGAAAUCUCCUGGCUGCAGAAAAGUUCCAGUAACUGUAAAAACCGCAGAUGAUGUUGUUGUCAGUGCUAUGAACUUUGUUUCUGAAAGACUGUGCCCUAUAUUUCAAAUCUCAAAUGUUAAUGGAGACAAUUUGGACCUAUUGAAAAUGUUCUUAAAUCUACUGUCUGCAAGGAUAACCAGCCGUGACGAUGAACCCGCGGAAUUUCAAAUAGACGACACUUAUUCUGUGCCUGGUGUUGGAACAGUGGUAUCUGGAACGACUCUAAGAGGAGUUAUUCGACUAAAUGAUACUUUGUUACUUGGACCAGAUCCGUUGGGACAUUUUAUUCAGAUUGUUAUAAAAAGUAUUCAUAGAAAGCGAAUGCCUGUUAGAGAAGUACGAGGAGGGCAAACGGCAAGCUUUUCUUUGAAAAAAAUUAAAAGGUCUCAGAUUCGAAAAGGCAUGGUUUUAGUUUCGCCUGCAUUAAAUCCACAAGCUUACUGGGAGUUCGAGGGCGAAAUAUUAAUUUUACAUCACCCAACUACAAUUAGUUCUCGUUAUCAAGCAAUGGUACAUUGUGGGAGUAUAAGGCAAACAGCAUCUAUUUUAUCAAUGUCACAAGAUUGUUUGAGAACAGGGGACAAAGCCUCAGUGCAUUUUAGAUUUAUAAAAAAUCCAGAAUAUAUGAAAACAGGUCAACGCAUGGUGUUCAGAGAAGGACGUACAAAAGCAGUUGGAAACAUAAUUCGUCUCAUACCUCACACAGGAUCUAGUAACCUACAAAGUAACAGAGUAAAUAAAUCCAAUAGAGUUGAGUACACUAAAUAAAAUGUCUCGUAAAUUCGUUUUAUUUAAAUAAUUUUCAUUUCUCUAUUUAUUUUUGUAAUUCGAAAAAUAGAAUAUUAAGUACAGUUACUUAAACUUAGUUUCUAUUUAAAAUAUUAUUAUCUACUUAAAGGAAAUUAAAUAAAUUUGUUAAAAUUGUCAUUCAUAAAAUUACCAUAACAUUGUUAUGGUAUUAAUGACAUUAUACAUAAAAUGUAAAAAGUUGUACGUACCUUAGAGUAACUUAUCAAUAUUUAAUUUUACAAAGUAAUUUAACGGUCGGACUAUUUCUUUAAAAUGAAUAAUUUUCUAGUGUAAAAAUGUUUGUCUCAUUUUUAAUUAUUAAUUUUUCUGAAGGAGGUUGUUUUGACGAAACGAAAGAGGUUGCCAACAUUUGUAGAAUUUUUUAAUUUAAUAUGUGGUCGACCACAAAUAUUUUCGCAAAAUAUUAAUAUUAUAGUUUUUCAGAAAAUUUAAGUUAAACUUUGUAUUGUAUACAAGAGAUUUUAAGAUUAAAAUCAUACAAAUGUUAAUAAAAGUAUACUAAAACUUUAAUAAUCUUUUGUAUUUCUGUCAGCAGUUUUUAAGCGAUUUCAAUACAGUGAUAACACUGAAUAACAGAAAAAUAUAUAAUUCUAUUCUACUACUAUUAAAUAUAAUAUAAGAAUUGUUUUUCCAAUAUAGUAAGAAACAAUUGUACUAAAUGUGAUUUAAUUACAGAAAUGUGUUAUUAUUAAAAAAUGAUUAUCUAUUUUUGGAUUUAGUAUUAGAAAAAAACUUCUGUGAUUAAGCAUAGGCAAUCCCUCUUCACCGCCUGUCCCUCACGAGAUCUAAGCAACCUCCUUAAGUCAAAUACAUUAUAAAUAAAAAGUAUAUAAUUUUGUUAAAGCUAUUAAAUAUUUAAAUAAACUGCUUACGAAUACAGAUAUAAUUUUAUAUUGAAGUAAAUAUAAAACAUACAGCUGUCUACUUUUGGAAUUGACGUUUCUUAAAUUAAACGUCUAAUAUUUAUGUAUAAUUAUCUAUACUAUCUAUCUAUCUAUCAUUAGGGAAAUUUAUUUUGUUUUAAAAUUUAAGCUUGUUUUUUAUUUACGUAACUCAGGUUUUCAGAAUUCGGAACUGUAAGAUAUAUUUGGUAUUGUUGACAAAAAUAUGUAGAGUGACUUUAAUUAUAAGAUAAUAUAUUCUUUGCUUUUAUAAAUCGAUAA